AUGCAAUCAUCAACCGAAAAAGAGCUUUUGACCAACGCCUCAUUAACCGUGUCAAGCGAUUUUGCGUCAAAUCUGGAAGGAGCUUUGCCAUCUCAACCCAUUACGCAAGCGAAUCCUCGUGCGGAGCAGACGCUCAUGACCACUUACAUGUCAUCUACUACGAAUCAAGCGGAUCCUAAAACCUUCGAGGAACAGUUUGUAAACCUCUUGGGAACUUUUACACCAAGUCAAGCCGUUUGCAAUGUUUCGAAUGUGGACUGCGGUACCUACGUCAGGGGCCCAGAAACUUGGUCGUCUUGCAAACUGGGAACACAGGCAAUCGCCCCGAAUGCAAGUUACAUUCAGAUUCGCGUACAAGACAAGCACUCGACGAUGGAUCGGAUGAAUUGGAAGGGUCCGAUCGAGGAUACGAGUCCUUUGAUGAAGAGUCUGACCGCUAAUUUUUUGUAG